UAUAAGGUCUACAUGAUCCAAUAGAAUGGACAGAGAGUCGCUUCAUCUCGGAUAGAUGCGCGCAAACAUGAAGUCCUUCAUCAUCUUAUCGUGCCUUUCAUUGUCGGCGCUGGCCUUGCCCGCGUAUGCGCCUUAUCAGACAUACGGGGCACAAGCCGGACAUUAUCACGGUCCUCCGGCUCCACUGGCCCACGACGGUCGAGUGAUCGACACACCGGAAGUGGCGCACGCCAAGCAAGCGCAUCUGGCGGCAUACGCCGCUGAAGCCGCCAGAGCGGCGCAUCACGGCGGAUAUCCCGCGGACGGAAGUUACGUUGACAAUUACGUCGGAUAUCACGGCGCCGGAUAUCACGGACCGCCGGCCCCGCUUGCCCAUGACGGACGAGUCGUGGAUACACCGGAAGUCGCCCACGCCAAGGCCGCGCAUUUGGCCGCCCAUGCCGCGGAGGUAUCCAAGAUCGCUCAUCUGUCAUAUCUCAAUCCUUAUACGCGCGCCUGAUGAAUUCUCCGUUAAUGAGAUGCGGAGUAGAGAUACAAAUGGAAUCAGUGUAUUGUCUCUCUUAAAUGGAAUCAGUGUAUCGUCACUUAAUAGGUAACUUUAAUUUGGCAAACGAUAAAAUCUCACUGAGCAAAAUCAGUUGAUAAUAACAGAUGAUUUUUCAAUGAAAUCUUACUGUUAUAUUCAAUGAAACAUAAAGGAGAGAAGGAAAGUGCGAAUGUUUUCACUGAAGAUCAAUGAAAUACUCGUAAUCUUCGGUGAAAAUCUUUUAAUCAGUGACAUUUGCAUUGAUUUAAUUUAAGAGAGUAAAGCUUAUUUGCAUUCGUAGUAUGAAGGAGAGUAGUGACUUCGAGCGUAUCUCCACGAUGAAUGUAAAAAAUGUCACGUGUGCUUAUAC